AUGUCUCUACGACCAUCCGACGCAUUAAUCUUUCCUGUAUUAGUCAACCUUGCUCGAGGCAACCUAUGUGAGAUACUGGCAACCAAACUUCUUCACCAUUUCGCUUCCGAUUAUAUCAAGUUGGUCGCCCUGCUGACAACGACAUGGAAUCCGCUGGCUGGUGCGCCUUCGAGUUUCAUGGAUGAGGUUUCCCGACUUGUAGGGGGAGACGAUAGUGCUCUCAAUAAUCCGCAAAGUGCAUUGGAGGCGAGUGAACCUUCACCGAGUCGGUACUGGCGCGAUGAAUGUUUGAAUAUGUAG